UGUGAACAGUAACUAUAGGUACCUAUAUAUAUAUUGUGAAUGGAUGUCCUGAAGCGUGUUUUUUGAAGUAUUCUAAUAUAAUUGUGCUUUACAUCAGUUCUUGUUGAAUGUCCAAUAUUUAUAUUGAGGAAGAAUAAUGUCGCUGCUGGGAAAUAUGAUGAGAAAAGUAGACAGCUACUUUGAGGAAGACGAAGAUCCGAUUCUAGCAAAAUGGCCUAUGAUGUCAAAUCCAUUGAAUACGAUAUUGAUUUCGUUAUUCCACAUGUACUUCGUUAAGGUAUUAGGACCCGCAAUCAUGAUGAAUAGGAAACCGUUUCAAUUGCAGAGGACGUUAUUGGUGUACAAUUUUUGUCAAGUCAUUUUUAGCUCUUGGAUAUUCUAUGGGUUCGCUAGCAGUGGAUGGUUGACAGGAGAGUACAGCUUCAGAUGCCAACCGAAAGAUACUUCAAACUCCCCCCACUCGAUAACUAUGGCCCGAGCAACUUAUUGGUAUUAUGUUUCCAAGCUUACAGAUUUACUUGAUACGGUAUUUUUUGUUCUGAGAAAGAAGAGUAAACAGAUUUCAUUGUUACAUAUCUUGCAUCAUGGACUCAUGCCUAUAGGAUGCUGGGUUGUUGCCAAAUAUUCACCGAGUGGACAAGUAACAUUUGUUGGACUACUGAAUUCUUUCGUCCAUAUUGUUAUGUAUUCCUACUAUUGGCUGAGUGCGUUAGGCCCAGAAGUUAGGAAAUAUCUUUGGUGGAAAAAAUACCUCACUGGUCUGCAAAUCACUCAGUUUAUAAUAAUAAUCAUCCACACUUCCCAACCACUUUUCCUGGAUUGCGAUUUUUCGAAAAUUAUAUCUGCCUGGAUAGCUUUGGAAACAUGCCUGUUCCUAGUUCUAUUUGGGAAUUUCUACAGAGAUGCUUACAAGAGGAAACACUCAUCUUCAGAAGUGAUGAAUACCACUGCCGAAACAUCGAACAAAGUCACCGAAAAAUUGGAUUAAAAUCAUAGAAUUAAUGUAGAAUAUUAUGUUGCUACGAUUU